AUGAACAAUGCGUUUUCGAUAGCAUGGCGAGGCCCAUGUUUGGGCAUCCGCUCCUCGUUACAACCCAAGCCCUCGCCGCCCGUCCAGCAAUUCACCCGCUCAUUCUGCCGGGAUGCUCGAAAUUCGAUUAGAGCUGCGUGCAGUCGAGGCGAUGGAUCUCUGAGCCCCCGCUGGUCAGGCACGAGCGCGAAACCACCCUCCCCUAUCCUACCACGAUACUGCACUUUGCGCCGGCCCUUCAACACCUCCGCAUCUCCUCGCGCGCAGCUGAAUUCCUCAAACAAUGGCGGGCCGCAGGAGACCGGUAUCCCAUUUCAGCCGCGCGAGCUCUCCCAUUCUCAAAUCGCACAAGUCUUCGGAACGCCUAGGAUACCGCCGGCCUUUGGCAAUCGGAUCCUUCGCGUGCUCCAUGGGCGGCGAGUGGCCGGGACUUUGGAUUUGGAUCUACCUCCGGACAUCAAGAAUGGGGUCCCGCAACAUGUCCUCGAUGAUGGUCUGCAGUGGCUUCGAAAACAUUUCCCGGUUGAUGAGGAUGCGGCGAUUAUGGAAAGGAUUGAGAGGGAAGAACAAGAAGAGGAAGAAAGAUUGAUGCGACGCGCUGAAAAACUCGGGCUAUAUAAGCCGCAGAGCGGCAGGUUCGGCGCGGAGGUUGAGAAAGAAGGAGACGUAUAUGGGCAUAGCGUUCUUCAAGAAAUAAGACAAGAAAAUGAGAGGAAAAACUUAAAGAGAGAGGAAGCUGAGAGGCACGAGUGGUUGGAAUCUGAGGCGAAAGAAAAAGAGAAUUUAAAAAAGGCAAUGCAGAGGAAUACUGAAUUGGCAAAAUUUGAAGAAUCUGCGAUUGCGGAAGCUCGCCCUCGUGCGGAUCCCAACCUGCGCCCUGCUCUGGCUUGGAUUCAAAAACACCACUUACGCGCAACAGCUACGAAUAUUGACACAUCGAAAUUGAACAAGCCGCGCCGCAUUCUCCCGUCAUUGGGUAUUGCUAUCCUAACAGUGGGACUGUGCUAUUUCUAUUCCGAAACGUACCAAGCUCCAUCGCUUGAGCACCGCAUGUUUCCGAGCCUCCCUCCCGCUGCAGCGACUGCACUUAGUCUCAUUGGAACUAAUGUCGCAAUCUUUGCGUUAUGGAGAGCUUUCCCGCCUGCAUGGCGACUCCUCAAUCGAUAUUUUAUCAGUGUGCCCCUUUACCCAUAUGCACUAAGUACUAUAGGCUGUGUGUUUAGCCAUCAGCAGCUGCACCACCUGGGGGCAAACAUGUUUAUUCUUUGGUUUGUCGGGACAAGAUUGCAUGACGAAGUUGGUCGUGGGAACUUUCUGGCUCUUUACUUUUCUGCCGGAGCCGUCUCCUCGAUCACAUCGCUUGCCGCCCAUGUCCUCGGGAACAAAUUGACUGUCACGUCCCUGGGAGCCAGUGGUGCAAUCGCAGGCAUAGCGGCUGCUUGGUGUAUGCUGCAUGCCAAUGACAAACUCGCUAUUGCUUUCAUUCCACGCGAUUGGCAAGAGGUUUUUUCCGCAAACGGGAGCACAUUCCUCGCAGCUAUCGUGUUGAUUGAAAUUAUCACUCUCAUGUCGCCAUUGAGAAUCCUUGCCAUGGACCACUGGGCGCAUUUAGGUGGGUAUGCAACUGGCGCUCUCGUCGGAUGGUUUUGGAAAGAGAAACGGGAGAAGGAAAAGAAGAAGAAUUUUUGGUAUAAGUUUUUGGAAGGAUAUCGGUAG